GCGUAAUCCAUAUUUACAUUCAGUUUCAGUCCUACUGAUGCCAAGUUUGCUACUGGUUCAGAUGAUGGGACAGUUGGUGUCUGGGACUUUUUUAGGUCGGAUGAAGAAAGAGUUAUGAGAGGACAUGGUUCUGAUGUCAAAUGUGUAGACUGGCAUCCUCAGUGAGGUUUGAUUGUGUCUUGUAGUAAGGCCACACAACAAUCAGUGAAACUAUGGGAUCCAAAUACGGGAUGUAGUCCCACCACUUUCUUAUUCAACAAAUGGCUAACCUAAAUACAGAGUACAAGACAUUGGAAGCUUUGACACAACAGUUAGAGGAUCGACUUUCUACUUCAAAGCAGCAGAUGUCAAAACUAAAGCGAGAUGUUAUGGCCAUGAGAGGGCAGUUGUCAAAUGCGAGGAAGAGUCAGGAGAAGGCAGAGAAGCAGCUGCAGAUUACCAAGACAGCCAAACAAUCAAACACAAAAUCAAUGAGUGAUGAUCCAGACAAACUGAGGAGAGACUUGAAUGUUCUGGCGGAAGCUCAAUUCAACUCAAAGCGGCUUAUAAGCAAUCAACAAGAUGAAUUAGAGCGUAGCAAAGCUGCAAAUGUUUUGAUUGAGCAACGAUGUGAGGAACUUGUGGCCAGUAAAGAGAGAGAAUUAUCCGAGUUUAGGUCAGCUGCUGAACAACUGAUUGCCGAUGCUUUAGAAAGAUCAUCUCAAGCUACGGUACAAUUACAAGAAGCGAAACAAAGUUACAAGUUGCAACUCACACGCCUAGAAUCGGAACUCAAUCACGAAAGGCAGUCUCAGACGAGUAUGAAAUUGCAAUCUUCACUACAUAAAACAGAACUAGAGCAGGUCCGGUUGAUGGCUCACAAUCAAACUAAGAAAGCACAACAAGCUAUACAGGUGUGUCGUCUGACAGUUGCAAAGCUUGCCAAUCAGGCUGAAGUCGAUCAGUCAUCAUCUACUGAUAAUGUGGCGAGGUUGACAACUCAGCUGCAGAUAGAACGAAAUCUGUCAUCAUCAACUGCACAAAAAUAUGAGCAAUUAAAGGUGAGUAGUGCAAAAUGUUUGAGAUCAUUACAUACAUCUAGAGAUCAAAUUAACCAAUGAUUCCAAGAUUCAGUUUAGACAAAGACUGAUGGUCGAUUUAUACAAAUAGUUUUAUACAGUAACAGUGAAGAUUAUGCUUGUUUGUUAAAUGUAGUUUCAAAUAGUUAGACUGUGUUUUGACUUACUGUCUGCAGCUUGUGCUGGGCACAUGACAGACACAAUAAUUAUUGGUGCUGCUACAUGUCCCUAGAAC